GGAUAUGGCGCAGUCAGUGAGUAUGGAUCUGGAGGCGGCCCGCAUUCAACGGCUGCCCGGCGAGGCGUUCUACAUCCCGGAUUUUGUGGAUGAAGAGGAGGAGGAGAGGCUUUUGGCGAAGAUAUCAUCCGCUCCCCUGCCAGUUUGGAAACAUCUCUCCCACCGACGUCUACAGACCUACCCAUCCGCUCUAACCGCCACAAACACGCUGCUCUCCUCGCCCCUCCCGCCCUGGCUCACAACAACACCGCCUAUCGUCGAGCGCUUCAGAGCCCUGCACCUCUUCGAUGACUCGCCACACAAAGGUCCCAACCAUGUUCUCGUCAACGAGUACAACCCAGGCCAGGGCAUCAUGCCGCAUGAGGACGGCGCUGCGUAUCAUCCGCUCGUGGCGACAGUGAGUUUGGGGGGUGUUGUGGUGCUCGAUUUGUAUGAGAAGAACAACAACCUCAGCUCUGGCACCAGGGAUGAUGCGGCUGACAAAGGGAAUGGAGGGGGGCGGACUCGGCAGCCGAAAUAUCGGAUUUUACAGGAGAGGCGCAGUCUGCUUGUUACUAAGGGUAGCAUCUACAGGGAUUAUUUGCACGGGAUUGCGGAGCGGCACAAAGAAGCAAACCUGGGACAGGAUUCCAUCUGUAACUGGGAGCAGCUGGGUAAUGUGGAGCAGUUCGCCAAAGGGUGGUGUGAGAGGGGGACCAGGGUGAGUUUGACGUAUCGUGAUGUGCUCAAAGUUGCCAGAGUGGGCAAUACAAUGAAAUUUUUGAAUAGGCAUUAAUAUCGGGCGGACAACGGAGAUCAAUCAUUUUGUCGGACUAGAUACGAAGCCUAGUAUAUCAACGGGAUCAUAUUCCACUUUCCCUG